AUGCCCGCCAAACUCCCGCCCCUCACCCUCGUCGUCGCGACCACCCCAAUAACAACAGCAGCCAACCCUAGCAUUCGCAAGCUCGGAAUUGGCAAAGGAGGCACACUACCAUGGCCCAAGAUAAAGACAGACAUGAGGUUUUUUGCUCGCGUGACAACGCGCCCUCCACCCUCCACGAACGCAUCUGGAGCACCAGUCAUCAAUGCUGUAAUAAUGGGCAGGAAGACAUACGACUCGAUACCAGCGAGAUUUCGGCCGCUCUCCAAGAGACUUAACGUCAUUAUCACGCGUGAUGAAUCCGGUUCCGUGAUGGAGCGCGCAAUCGCAGACUGGAACGCGUUCAAAAACCGAGAAUUGGAGAAGGGCGAUAACAGCACGGCAGCGUCUACGGAGGAGCCAGAUGUGAUGGUGUCGAACAGCUUGGAGGCUGCACUAUCUACCUUACAGAGCAGCUUUGCUUCAAGUUCCUCGUCAGAAGUGGGGGCGGGAAAGAGGCGUCUGGGAAACAUAUAUAUCAUGGGAGGAAGUGAGAUAUACGCGUCUAGUUUACGAUUAACCCCAAGCGUCCUUGGGGAGAAUAAUCCGUUAAGAAUUAUUAUGACUCAUGUUCGACGACGGGGGGAUGCUGAUACACAGUCUGAUGUUGAGAGUCUGGUUAACGGGUUUGACUGCGAUACUUGUUUCCCUAUUGAUCAACAGGGUAUGAAAGAAGGGUGGAAGGAGGUGUCAUCGGAGGAGCUUGGGAAAUGGGUUGGUGAAGAGGUACCGCAGGAUUGGAUGUGGGAAGGAGACUGUGCUGUGAAGACGGUAGGGUAUGAGAGGCUAUGA